AUGGAUAUCUGUCUUCUACUGAAGAUCAAAGCUAAAGCGACGACAUGUAAAGAAGCCAUUCAAAAAUGGGAAGAAAAAACGGGAUUGAUCGCAAGCGAACAAAAAGAGAUGAUUUUAUCCUUCCAAUGGCCUCCAAUCGAGAGAAUGGAUAACAAUUUGGCAGCAUUAAUCAACGUCGAGAAAUUGUCUUUAUCGACAAAUGUAAUAGAAAAGAUCAGUGGUAUUAAUUCCUUGAAAUAUUUGAGGAUUUUGUCACUGAGCAGAAACAAUAUUAAAACGUUCUCGGGAUUGGAGGCGAUUGGAGAUCAUUUGGAGGAGUUGUGGAUAUCUUAUAACUUGAUCGAAAAGAUCAAAGGUGUCAACGCUCUCAAAGCGCUCAAAGUCUUGUAUAUGGGCAACAAUUUAGUAAAAGAUUGGGCGGAAUUUAAUCGACUGCAAGAAAUACCUAAUCUUCAAGAUUUGUUAUUCAUUAACAAUCCUAUAUGUGAAAACAUGGAUGCGGAAUCGUGGCGCGCGCAAGUCAUAAGACGACUACCUACGUUGACGAAACUUGAUGCAAUACCGAUUGUGUAUACUAUGCAUUCUCUAAUAUAUCUUUUAAGAUAUUUUUUUAUAUCUGUAUCUCUCUCUCUCUCUCUCUUUCUACGCCGCUUUAAGUCACUUAAAAAAGAAGUUUAUUCUCCUCUUCUAGGCACGCAGGCGAAGAUUAAACUAUUAAAGACUAUUAAUCAGAUAAUUAUCAAUUUGAAUUUGUGCGUCAAAAUUAAUAUAAAAUUUAUAUUUACAAGAUACUAG